CUCCAGGACCGCCUCCUCUCUGUUUUUAAAAGCCAAUCAAAAAUGGUAGAUUUCUGUUGUUAGGCUAAAGAAAGCCGCACAGGUUAAACAGUUUAUUAGGGAGGACUAUAGUCUGCAAAUAACCUGAAAUCCAGGUUUCACAGAAAUCACGAGCCAUGUCACAUGACGAACGUGUACAAACCAAGCCGGAAGUGGAGUGACGAACUGACGCACGACGUCAACCGGAACAGCUGUGCAACGGCCCCAAAACAGAAAACAUCAAGACAGUAUUUUAGUCUGAAUUAAAGCUGGAUCAAGAUGACUACACCUGAAAAAUACCCCAGGUCUUCAAUUGAAGAUGAUUUCAACUAUGGAACAAAUGUUGCGACAGCGAGUGUGCAAAUCCGGAUGGAUUUCCUGCGCAAGGUAUACACCAUCCUGUCUCUUCAGAUCAUCCUGACCACUGCUACCUCUGCUCUCUUCAUGUACUGUGACACCAUCAAGGACUUUGUCCAUUCAAGUCCAGCGGUUGUGUUGGUGUCAGCCAUUGGCUCCCUGGUGUUGAUCAUUGCCCUGGCCUUCUACAGACAUCAACAUCCCAUUAACCUGUACCUGCUUGCCGCAUUCACUCUGUUGGAGUCGGUCUCUGUUGCUACCGCAGUGACCUUCUAUGAGUAUUCCAUCGUGCUCCAGGCCUUCUUCCUCACAGCAGCUGUGUUCCUUGGGCUGACUGCCUACACCUUCCAGUCUAAGAGAGACUUCAGUAAACUGGGAGCUGGACUGUUCUCCUGCCUGUGGAUCCUGAUCAUCGCUGGUUUCAUGAAGCUCUUCUUCCAGAACGACACAGUGGAGCUGCUGUUUGCUGGUGCGGGAGCUCUGUUGUUCUGUGGCUUCAUCAUCUCGACACCCACCUCCUGAUGCACCAGCUGUCCC